GCCACGUCGAACCAAGCACCAUGCAGCUCCUGCACGUGGCCGCGUUCAUUACGCUUCUGAUCUCGCAGACAAUGGCCGCCAACGAGACGACCGCUCCGACAGAGACCGAAGCGCCGGCGCCGGUGGCCUGGAUCACGCCCUCGCCCAAGGAGCGCGGUCGCACAGCCGACGAGCAGGCCGCCAUUGACGCGACCAAGAUGAGCACGGGCACGACGGUGGCGAUCUGCGGCUCGAUCUCGGGUGUCGUCGCCCUCGGUGGCGUCGCCCUCUGUCUGGCCGAGAAGCGGCGUCGCAACACGCUUGGCGCGCCGUUGGUUUCGUAAGCCGUAGGAACUAUGUAUGUGACAAAGACGAGUCUUGUUUUGCCA